AUGAAACGAAUCAAUAACAAGGUUAUCUUUCUAAUAGCUACUGUAAUUGUAGCUUUGCUUGCAUUAGGAGUUUCCGUCUCCUUGCAACAACAAGUAUCUGCUCAAGCAGGUGCCCAAGCUAGUAGUAGUGGUGCUUCUGUUAAUGCUGGAGGCCAAGCCAGUGCUGGAAAUCAGAAUAACACUCAAGGUGGUGGACAAGGGCAAGGACAAGGACAGCAACAAGGUGGCACACAAGGACAGAACAAUACAUCUACUCAAGAGUUGAACAAGUUUUUGAAUCGUAUUGAUACUGAUUUGAGAAUGAUUGGAAGCUUUAUUGAUAGAUGUGCAGGUUUGCAGCAACAAGGCCCAGGUGGUCAACAAGGUGGUCAACCAGGUGGUCCUGGACAAGGACAAUUUGGUCAACCAGGCGGACAAGGUGGAAUGCCACAACAACCUCAACCAAUUCAAGACCAAGGACCUCCAACUCAACAACAACAACCUGAAUCUAUGUGGUAUUCAAUGUUGGGAAUGAUUGGCUUACAACAAUCUCCUCAACCACAACUUUCUGCCCAACAACAAUUCCCACAACCUUCUCCUCAACCACAGCAAUCACCAGCUCAAGCUCAGCAAUCACCACAACCUCAACAAUCACCGGUUCAAGCCCAACCAUCUCCACAACCACAGCAAUCACCAGCCCAACCUCAACAAUCACCACAACCUCAACAAUCACCAGUUCAAGCCCAACCUUCUCCACAACCUUCUACAGUUGGAGCUGGUGCUGGUAGUCAAGAAACUAGACAACAAAUUGCUUGUGGAAUUGUUACCAAGGCUGCCACUAACUUGUUGAAUAAUACCAUGAGUUUAGUUUCCACUGUUAGUAACAAUACCCAAAUCAGCUCAUCACUCAAGCAAGCUGUUGCUCAAUUGCUUAUUAAGGCAAAUUUAUUGUCUUCCAAUGCCAAGAAUUCAAGUUGGACCAAUUUCCUUACCUCAUUUGAUCAAUAUGCUGUUAGUUUCUCAGCCUUGCAACAAUCUCUCUCCAGACGUCAACAACAAGGCGGCCAACAAGGAGGACAAGGACAACAAGGCGGCCAACAAGGUGGCCAACAACAAGGUGGUCAAGGACAGCAAGGUGGUCAAUUCGGUCCUCCACAACAAGGUGGUCAACAAGGACAAUUUGUGCCACCUCAACAACAAGGUGGUCAACAAGGUCAAUUCGGUCAGGGACAACAACAAGGCGGUCAACAAGGCCAAUUCCCUCCACAACAAGGUCAAGAUCAACAACAAUAUUCCUAUCCACAACAAGGUGGUCAACAAGGUCAACAAUAUCCACAACAGCCUUAUCAAGGACAAUAUGGUCAAGGACAACAAGGAGGUCAACAACAAUAUCCACAACAGCCUUAUCAAGGGCAACAACAAUAUGGUCAAGCAGGCCAAUAUGGUCAACAAGAUCAAUAUGGUCAAGGUCAACAAGGUGGACAACAAUAUGGUCAACAGUAUCCUUACCAAGGACAACAAGGAGGUCAACAACAAUAUGGCCAAGGUGGACAACAAUAUGGUCAACAAGAUCAAUACGGUCAAGGACAAAGUCAAUACGGUCAACAAUAUCCACAACAGCCUUAUCAAGGUCAACAAGGACAAAGUCAAUACGGUCAAGGACAACAAGGAGGUCAACAACAAUAUCAACCACAGUAUCCAACACCUUUCUACCAAAAUCCAUACCAAUACAGAAAUCCAUACUUUUACCAAAGCCCAAGUUAUCAAUACUAUCAACCACCACAACAACAACAACAAUAUGAAGGCUAUUAUCCAGAAUAUUAUUACUAA